GCAUGUUAUGGCCUCUGUCUUGCGAAGCCCUCAGGCUCUCCAGCUCACACUGGCCCUGAUCAAGCCAGAUGCAGUUGCUCACCCGCUGAUUCUAGAGGCUGUUCAUCAGCGGAUUCUGAACAACAAGUUCCUUAUAGUACGAAUGAGGGAACUACUGUGGAGAAAAGAAGAUUGCCAGAGGUUUUACCAAGAGCACAAAGGGCGUUUUUUCUAUCAACGACUGGUGGAGUCCAUGGCCAGUGGGCCAAUCCGAGCCUACAUCCUUGCCCACAAGGAUGCCAUCCAGCUCUGGAGGACACUGAUGGGACCCACCAGAGUGUUUCAAGCACGCCACAUGGCCCCAGAUUCAAUACGGGGGAGUUUAGGCCUCACUGACACCCGCAAUACUACUCAUGGCUCAGACUCCGUGAUUUCAGCCAGUAGAGAGAUUGCAGCCUUUUUCCCUGACUUCAGCGAGCAGCGCUGGUAUGAGGAAGAGGAGCCCCAGCUGCGCUGUGGCCCUGUGCGCUACAAUCCAGAGGGAGGCAUCCACUGUGCGGCUGUAUCAGGAGGCUCAGGACCAGCCUGAUGCAGGCCUGUCAGUCUUUGAAGACAGGUGGUAUUACCCAGCUUUCACUCUUGGACCUGUGGUUGAAAACAUUAUCCUA